GCGUAGUAGAAUUCGUAAAUUCGCUCACACUCAGCAGACCUUCUGCUGCUCUUUAAUUACUUUACUGAAUAGUGCAUCCGCUCAGCUGGGGCAAUCGACAGUCAUAUUUGGCUAGCCUAAACUCUAUCUGCUCUCUUUUUAAGUUGUGCAAAGCAUAUUUUCUCGAAUAAGAAAAACCAAAUAGGAGUUUUCUGAACAAUUCUUUGGUGCAAAUCGACGUGAAAUUAAAAAAAACAAUGGCUCAGUUCAACAAGGGCCCUGCAUAUGGUUUAUCUGCUGAAGUGAGAAGUAAGAUUGCUCAGAAGUAUGACCUGCAGAAGGAGGACGAGCUGAGGCACUGGAUUGAGGAUGUAACGGGCAUGCCAAUCGGAGAAAACUUCCAGAUGGGAUUGAAGGAUGGCGUCAUACUGUGCGAGCUCAUUAAUAAACUUCAGCCUGGAUCCAUUAAGAAAACAAACCACUCCAAACUUAACUGGCACAAGCUGGAGAACCUGGGCAACUUCAUCAAAGCCAUUCUUGCUUAUGGCCUGAAGCCUAAUGACAUCUUUGAGGCCAAUGAUCUCUUUGAGAAUGGGAAUAUGACUCAAGUCCAGACCACACUUCUUGCUUUGGCCAGCAUGGCAAAAACCAAAGGUAUGGACACAAAACUUGACAUUGGUGUAAAGUAUGCAGACAAGCACACCCGCAACUUUGAUGGCGAGAAAAUGAAGGCUGGUCAGUGUGUGAUUGGACUGCAGAUGGGGACAAAUAAAUGCGCUAGUCAGGCUGGGAUGACCGCUUAUGGUACCAGGAGACAUCUGUAUGACCCAAAGACUCAAGCAGACAAGCCCUUUGACCAAACCACAAUCAGCCUGCAGAUGGGCACUAAUAAAGGAGCAAGCCAGGCUGGCAUGUUGGCCCCCGGCACCAGGAGGGAUAUUUUUGACCAGAAAGUGGCUGUCCAGCCGCUGGACAACUCCACCAUCUCGCUGCAGAUGGGCACCAACAAGGUGGCCUCUCAGAAGGGCAUGAGCGUGUACGGGCUGGGCAGACAGAUAUACGACCCCAAAUACUGCACCUCCCCCACCGAGCCCACCAUCCACAGCAAUGGAAGCCAGGGCACCGGCACCAAUUGCUCUGAGAUCAGCGACAUCGACUACCAGGCUGAAUAUCAGGAUGAGUACCAGGCAGACUACCACAAUGAAUACAGAGCCCACUAUGACCAUGGCAUUGACUAUUAAACUGCAAGCUUACAGCACAGAUUCAUAUUUUUGGAUCCUCACAUAAACAGAGCGAGUUUUUUUUCUUUUUUUUUUCUCUCGCUAGCCUUUUUUAUACGACAAGAAACAGAUGUUAAGAAGAGCCUUUCCUAUAUCAUUGUUCCUCUGAUAAUACAGUAUUUUGUUAGCUGGAUAGACAAUAGACUAUAGUCUUAUGUUUUAAAAGUUUAUCCCUUUUUAAAAGUCGAAAUGGGUUAGAGAAGCAGUGUAUGUGUUCGUCAAAAGUCAUUCAUGGCAUGUUAACUACAAUCUCUGAUUGUUUGAGGGGUUUUUGUGUGUGUGUGUGUGUGUGUGUGUGUGUGUG